GUACGCAAGCGCUGCGGACGUGAUCAGAUAGGGUGGAAAUGACCGUGGAUCGAGCGUAUUCUCUGGCGGUAAAGGCAUAUUUUAUAGACAUGGAAUAUAUUACCUCAUAAAUUUAGACGGAGGUUUACUCUGAUCCUGAUCUCUUAUAAAAGUGAUAAACUUUUUGCAAAACUCUUGGAACGUAUUAAGUAGCCUAUUAUCAGCACGGUCAUUUCAACGUCCGAAAUCUACGGGGGUACCUAGUAAAAACAGGAGUACGAUUUUUCCAUCUGCAAAAUGCCACGGAAUAGUAAGGACUCUCUUAUCCAGAAGAUAGCCAGGCAAGCAUAUGUCACGUUUAAAAACUUUAACGCGUCCGCUAUUGGGGACAACAAGAUGCUUUUGGACGGUCAAGGUAAUCUUGUCAGCCUCCUCACUGAAAUCAGGGCUGCGGAUCUAAACAUUGCUCCUAGGCAAUCGACAGACAGCAAACCGGACCGUACUCCGCUGGUCACGUACAUGCAUAUCUGCGAGACUGACGCCUUCAGUAUGGGGGUUUUUCUUCUGAAAAGCGGGGCGUCUAUUCCGUUACACGACCACCCGGGGAUGAACGGGAUGUUAAAAGUUUUGUACGGUAAAGUCAGUAUACGGUGUUUUGACAAGUUGGAGAAACCGCCAGACACAGAGAAUGAUACACAGUUCGACCCCCCUUUGCCUGCUUUCCAGAACGACUCUUUGAGGCGGUCGAUCCUCCGGUCUACUGGUGAAUACUCAGAAGACAGCGGUCCGUGUAUCCUGACCCCUGAGCAGGACAACUUGCAUCAGAUAGACGCAGUGGAGGGACCUGCAGCCUUUCUUGAUAUUCUGGCACCACCUUACGACCCGGACGAUGGGAGGGACUGCCAUUACUACAAAGUGUUACAGACAGUUGUAGGUACAGACAAGAAGUUAGAACAACACGAAGAGGGGGAGGAGAUGUGGUUACUUGAAAUCCCACAACCCGAGGAUUUCUGGUGUGGUGGUGAACCAUACCCUGGCCCCGCGGUGUCUAUCUAAUCAGAUGAUAUCACCUGGACGAAAUUCCCGUUAGCGUUGACGGGACACAGAGUUAAAUACACACGACUAUAUCUUCCUCAAUUGAGUACGAGAUAGAAUGGCUAGGACG